UGCGUCAACACUUUCUAUAUAACGUUACGUCAAAAAAUAGCUAAAUAUCCAGUGUGAUAUUUGGUUGAGCCUAGAAAAGUUGCAUAAGUAAGACGUUCUUCACCAAAAUGAAUAACGAAUCCCUUUUCCGUGUAAAACAUUUGAAGAUAUUACGGAAAAAAAGUUCAAUGCUCAACACAGUGUCUUGGGGUUGUUGUUUUUCACGAGCAGUGUUUGUCAUUUCGUCUUUAUCAGCAGCCAGUCGACGACGUGUUUUACCAACGUCGCAAUCCGCAAUCGUCAGUCGCAAUCCUGCUCAGUUAAUGGACAAGAGGUCACUCCAAGGAAAAAAUACUUUUAACUUUGACGUAAGACAAAUCAACUGGGAAAAAUACAUGGACGCUUAUGUAUUCGGCGUUCGAACACAUCUAUUCAAGGACGACUUGUGCACCGUGCCUAAUGCAAAGAAUCACUUGAAACAGAUGAAAAAUUGAAAAUGCUGAUUCGUCUUCGUUUCAUCGGGGUUAUAUUUUUCUUCUUUUACCUUUUCUUGUCUAACUUCGUCUGUACGUCAAACUCAAAUAUUUCCACUGAUAUUUGUUCCGUUAUUCAUCCUUCGAAUUCCUCGGUUACUAUUAAAAAUUUUACAGCCGAAAUAUUUUCUUACACCAAUCGCACUUUAUUUCCCAAGAGUUUCUGAUGGGAUAGUGUUUCGUAUACGCACCAACUUUAU